AUGGUUCUCAUUGAUUUCGAUCAUUGUGACAAUUUUCCCUUUGAUGGACCUAAUGGAUUCCUGGCUCAUGCUUUUCAGCCUGGCAAUGGUAUUGGUGGAGAUGUCCAGUUUGAUGAGGUGGAAUAUUGGACAAAAGGCUCAUAUGAUCACAACUUGUUCCUUAUCGCAGCCCAUGAACUUGGCCAUUCACUGGGUCUAUCUCAUUCUACUGAUCCUGGUGCCCUGAUGUACCCCACCUAUUCCUACACUGAGCCUAACGAAUUUCACCUUCCUCAGGAUGACAUUAAUGGCAUUCAAAUGGUCUAUGGGCAGUCAGAUAACCCCGUUCAACCAACCGGACCCACAACGCCAGGAACUUGUGAUCCCAAAUUGACUUUUGAUGCUGUUGCUACCAUGCGUGGAGAACUGCUGUUCUUUAAGGGCAGUUUCUUUGCAGAGAACAAAUAUUGGGUCCUCAGUGGGUAUGACUUAGUGUAUAACCACCCAAAAAGCAUCUAUGACUUGGGCUUCCCAAAAAGUGUUAAGAGAAUUAAUGCAGCUUUCAAUGAUGAGAAUUCAGGGAAAACAUACUUCUUUGUAGGUGACAAGUACUGGAG